AUGUCUUCAGUUUCAUGGAUGGCCGAAAAAACAUCUACUGAACUCAUUCCUAUGCUAAAAAAUGCUUACAAUGCUUUAAAAGACAAAGAAAAAGACUUAGUACUUGCAGCUGAAUUAGGAAAAUCGUUAUUAGAGCACAAUUUACAAUUAAAAACGAAAUAUGAUUCUUUAUUAAAUACAGUUACUCCACCUAUUACGCCUUCGUCAUCAACAGUACCUAUCCAAGAGAAGCAAGUCAAUAUAGACAAUUUUAAUACUGAUUUGGAAGAUGAAGAAAAUACUAUACGCUUUAUACCUUCUCGAGGAACCCGCGAAGCAAUGAUUGAAGUGCUUGAACGCAAGAAUAUGGAAUUAACAGCAAAACUAGAACAAGCUAUAAAUGAACAAGAUAGCCAAUCUCGAUUAAGCUUGAAAAAGACCCGUCAACUAGAAAAUGAAAUUAGCUUGCUUAAAAGUGAUCUUCAUAUAGCAACCGUUAAAAUCCAAGAAUUACAAGAAAUGAAUGAGCGACAGAAAAUGAUAGAGGCAACCAUGAAUCAUGUUGUUUCCAAAAGGAAUAAAGAUGAAGAAAGGCUUAUAGAUGAACUCUAUAUUGAGAUAAAUAAAAUGAAGCAAGAAAGAAACAAUAUUAUUCAAUCCAAAAAGGAAUUGGAGGUAAAAUUAGCUGCCUCUUUAAAAGAUCUUGGGGAGCUUAAAGCACAAUUUGAAAAAAUUGAAUUCACACAGCAAGACUUUGAUAGACUCAAGGAAGCAUAUGAACGUCAAUUUACCCAUAUUGAUGAGCUUAACCACAGUAUAGAAGAACACCGUGCUAUCCUUCAGAAGCUUAAAGAUAAGGGCAUUUAUCUUUAUUCAGCUUUUUCAACUCCUACUUCGAGCUCUUAUAAUGACCAGAAUUACACAAAUGAAAUACAUGACCCGCUCCAAAGUACAUUGCUAAGUGAACUCAAAACAUUAGAUUGGCUCAACCAUAGAUCUUCACCCUAUGUUUCAAAAACGUCACCGGAAUCUUCUUCAAUGCUAUUCAACAUUUUGGAAUUUAAAGAAAAGUCAUUGGCAGCAAUUUAUAAUGCACCUUCUAUUGACUUUGAAAGUGUUCUGUCUAGAGCUACAGGUAUUGAUAAAGACAUAUUAGAUGAUACAAUAAGUUUUAUAGACAAGAUUGAAAGACAACAUUAUAAGGAGAAAGCUAUGGUUCUUCGUAGUCAUUAUGAAGACGAUGACGUUGAAAGAUAUGAUUUCUCGUGCUUUGAUGAUCAAUAUCCAUCAUCUGAUUUGUAUCCGCAGACAUCAGACAUAGAACGGAUACAAUUUAAGCCAGUUACUAUUGAUAAGCCCAAAACUUUUGUAGAGCGACUUCGUAAUUAUAUUAAGCAGCUUUUUGAUAUUAUCUGGAAAUGGUGUCGAUUUACUAUGGUUCUUUCUAUUGCUCUUUUAAUUAAUGCAUGGCAAGGACCUGAGAUUUUAUAUGCUAAAUCGUAA